CGCACAUGGGGUCGUUAGGUCAGGGGAAGCGCGGUGCACUGGAAUCAUGAUGAUCAAAAUCCUACCCAGAUGGAUAUCAAGACAUCCAUGGAAAAGAACGGCUAGUGACAGUUCACGCGAUGCGCGAAAAAUCUUAACUCAAAAGCGCCAGCUCAAGGUAUCCCGUGGGAAAAUAUAUAAAGGUUCUUAAUGGCCGCACGUUAUUGCGGAGAAUACGCCAGCAUCGUUGGGUCAUUGCGCCGGCAGGAUUGACAAUCAUGCGGUACCGCGCGCUUUCUCUGCUGGCCCUCUCCGCCUCCACGGCUUCCGCCACCUACUCCGGGAACCUAAACUACCGUAGCCCUUCGCUCAACCACCCUGACCUAGGAAUCUCUCUGAACAAAGUUAUUAAGAGAUCUGAUCCUGCGGCUGCCUUUGACCCCGCCAAACUGAACUUCACCCAUGGAGUUGCAUCUGGCGAUCCAUACGCAAAUUCUGUUAUCCUUUGGACGCGAUGCUCUCCCACAUCGGAUGAUGUGAAUGAUAACAGCCCCGUCACUGGCUCAAGCCCACUAUAUAAUCCUGUUCCCAUCCACAAAUCUGGUGAUGAGUACAAACCGAUAUCAAAGGCACCAGUGUGUGUUGAGUUUAAGAUCGCUAAGGAUAAGGAACUGAAGUGCGUGGUGGAUGAAGGUGUGGUUUUUACUGGCUCCGAUGUUGACUAUACGGUCAAGGUGGAAGCAAAACACCUGAAGCCGUUCACCACAUACUACUACCAAUUCUCUGUGUGUGAUUCCGACACGAAAAGUCCCAUCGGUCGUACCAAAACGCUUCCAGAGGCAUCUCAAGCCGUUGACCAGGUGAAUUUAGCUGUGUACUCUUGCAGCAACUAUCCUUCUGGCUUCUUCAAUGCCUACGGGAAUCCCGUACGAAAGGAUUCUGUUGACUAUGUCAUCCACCUUGGUGAUUAUUACUAUGAAUUCCCUGAUGGAUUAUAUGGAUCAGGUAAAGGUAUCGGGCGUGUACCUUUGCCAGACCGCACCUUGUACACUCUCUACGAUUAUCGUAAACGCCUUGCAACUCACCGAACUGAUAUUGACCUCCUUGCCAAUCAUCAGAAUUUCCCCUGGAUCCCAACAUGGGACGAUCACGAGGUGGGGGACAACACUUACCGUGAUGGCUCCUCUUGGCUGAGGAAUAUCGAGCUCUCAUUCUUGGCAUCUGGUGGUGUUUCUGUGGAUCAAAGAAAGAUGAACGCAGUUCGCGCGUACUUUGAAUGGAUGCCAAUCAGACAGGUCGAUAUGGAUGACAAUCUUCGCAUUUGGAGAAAUUUCGAAAUCGGAUCACUUGUUGAUCUCAUGAUGCUCGACACCAGACAAUAUGAUCGUUCAAUUACUGAUCUAUACUUCAAUACCUUGUAUGUCAAGAAAUUGAAGGACGACGCCAGUCGCACUUUGAUGGGCUCGCGGCAAGAAAACUGGUUUUACCGCAAUCUGAUCAAAUCUUCCGAGCGUGGUGCUAAAUGGCGCCUUGUCGGCAGUCAAAUAGUGUUCUCGCACAUCGACGACUCUGGUUUCAACCUGGAUGCUUGGGAUGGAUAUCAAGCAAACCGGAACCGCACAUUUGAGACUCUCGUUGAAAAUAAGAUCAACAACACUAUCUUGAUCGCAGGGGAUUCUCACGCGAACUGGGUCAGUGACAUCGUGUGGUUAGACCAUGCAGACUACGAUGAAAAAUCUGGAUUAGGAGCCAUUGGUGUUGAAUUUGGUGGAACCGCGAUCACAUCCCCAUCACCAGCUGGAGCAAAAGUCAAGAUUCCUGCCGCGAACAAGAGAUCAAAGAAGCUGGUAGAGAAGAACUCUGUCCUUCAAUGGUCCGAGAUGUAUUACCGCGGAUAUUUCGAGUUGCAUAUCACUCCAAAAGAGGUGGAAGCUAAGUUCUUUGGAACCCCUAAGAUCCGGGAGCGCGAUUUUAAUGAGGUCUCUUUGGCGAACUUCACAGUCAAGGAGGGAGCGAACCGCCUUCACCGCGGAGAUACCGGCGUGCCUGGUGGAGGUGUUGUGGAAAAUGGCUGGCUCAAAGGCGGGAAGACUGAGCGAACCGAUCUUGCGAAUAAUACGGAGACCGGCCAGUGGAGCAAGAUCAAUUGAAAGGGCUUAUAUAUGAUAAUAGGAGCAGUGGUAUCGAGCACCGUAUAUAAUUUGUAAUAAUUGUUUUGAGUACGAUAGGUGAUUUGUCGGCUGGCUGAGAAAAAUUCAAGCUUGGUGAUCUCACCAUGGAGAAUGGAUACCUCUGGCCACGGGCUGAAUUAAAACUUACGGUAUACUCUUGGGAAGACCAUGCACAUAUAGGGUCAGCUAACCAAUAUUCCAAAUGAAUGAUGAGAAUCACGUUAUCGGCCACCCGGA